AUGCUGGGAUGGGUGCAUCGGCUGCGGGGGACGCGAGAGCGAGCGGAAGACGAGGUGCAGCUGACGGAGCUGCAGAGGAGAGAGGAAGAGGAAGACGCCCUCUACGAUGACCAUGAGAGCGCAAGAGCCUCUGGAUCUCAUGCAGAGGACGCGCCGCUGGAUGGACACGGGAUGGAUCGGGGUGGCAAUACAAACGACUUUGUCAGUGACAACGCGCUUGCAGGAACAGAUUGGCAGCUCAAGAUGGGGGGAUUGUGUUUCGCUACUCUUUCUUUGAGGCACUUUGUGCCGCUGUUUGUAGUCUAUUCAUUCUUCAAAGGUCCUGUCGCUACUGGGCCCUUUCUCUUCAGAAGCACUUUUGGUCUGAUGUGUGGCCUUCUGUUACUGAAAAUCCGAUCAGGAGGCUUCAAGUACUGCAGCUCUCUUCGUGCUGUCUGUCUGUGCCUAUGCAUAGUGUUCGACUUGGUAUUUGCAAUCGUGAUGAUGAACUUCACUGUGAUGGUAAUGGACGCUCUGUUGAGGGAAACGAGCCCGUCUAGGGAGGUCAACAUUUACUGGCAGGGGACUUACUACUUCUUCUCUUUCGUCUCUGUUUUGGAUGUUCUCCUUGCUCCGCUUCCAGCAAUAUUCCUUCUUCGAGCGCUACACACCUCACGGUACAGCUACUGGCAACCCAAACGCGAUGAGGGGUUUCGAAGGCUGCUCAAUGCCUUUCUCGUCCGUCCUUCUCUCCUUCCCGAUCGUCACUCUGUAUCUGCUCUCAGACUCUUAACUCCUAUCUGCCUCUUAUUUUUCAUCGUAGCUGCAGUGAUAUCCCUAAUGGUUGGUGCUGUCUUUCUUGGAGUUUUCGGAAGUUGGAUUCCAGGUCAACGCUGCGACACUACUACCAUGGGGGACGCUAACUGCUAUGUUCUGGACGGUGCAUGCGACAUGAUCGAUCCUUCUGAAUGUUUGUUUCCUUUUCCAUCAUCUUUCUUCAUGCGUCCAGACUCGGAAUCCUCAACAGGCUGGAAAGUCCGUAUCCCCAUUGAAUCAUCCCUGCCUCUGAACAGCGGGGGCCGCGUCACGCUAGAUCUUGAUGCAUGGAAUGUAUUGGAUGGUUUCUCUAUUCUUGCUCCAAUGCUCUUUAGACUUGGAGACGGAAAAAUUGAUGUAGACCGCAAAAGUUUGCGGCCUGACAAUAAGGUUUCAGAGCGCCCGGAGGACUCCAUCCCGUUCUCAGUCAACUUGGCAGAAAGCCACACAUUACUGAUCGACGUCGAAACGGCACGGCCUGUACCGCACUUUGUUGAGCUUGAUUUUGCCUUGAAGGAAGAGGGAUUUGGCUACGUUUUGAUACUUCAGCCGGCUGCUCCGCUUCGCUAUUCAGCUCAUUACGUUGUCGCAGUACGACGGCUGCGCAACGUGAAGGAUGGCCAGUUGAUCCAGCCAUCCACCACGUUUACGGCUCUUCGAGAUGGUUCAGGAGACCCACAACGGCAAGCAGUAUUCGAAGAUACGGUUUUCGGCACCCUAGCAAGAGUUGGGUGGCAGAGGCAAGAGCUGCAGAUUGCUUGGGAUUUUCGUACAGGGUCAUGGGAAGGGUCUGAAGGCAGGGCGAGACACAUGGUACUCGAUUCGCUGGAGCAGAUGCGUUCUUCCUUCUUCAUCCCCAAGUUUGAAGUCCAGGACGUCGUGGCAGAGCAAUGUGAUGCCGUCAUCAGCAGGGGCAGACAAGUUUGGGGCAGAAUGAAGAUCCCGAGCUACACGAGUCAACCAGGUCCAGGUCAUGAUCUUUUCACGAUUUUUAAAGGAGGUGUACCUAUCCGUUCUGGCGACGUUGAUGUCCAGUUUGCUUCAUUGAUUCCCUGUAGCGUGCUCAAGAGGAAGAAAUCUGAAUUCAUCCUCAAUUAUGGUCACGGGAUCUUGGGCACUCGUGCUGAAGCUGUCCAGCAGCGAUGGUUGGAAGGUCUCGCAAAUCGCACUAAUUCCAUCUUGUUUGCCGUCGAUUUUGCAGGCAUGUCCAAGUUCGACCUUCCGAUCGUCUUUAAGAUCUUGCUGAGUGACCUCAGCGCCUUCAAGGUGGUUCCAGCACAGCUGAUGCAGAGCUUCGUCAACGGAGCCUGCGGGAUAUGGUACUUGCGCAACUUGCUGCGAACGAACGCUGCCUUCAAGUCAGCAGGCUCCGAGACCAUCAGCAGCUCAACUCCUGCGUACUUUUACGGGGUCUCUAUGGGCGGUGUGCUGGGUGCUGGAUACACGCUCUCCUCUCCCUACUUGACAAGAUCAGUCUUGAGCGUUCCAGGAACUCCCCUUGCUCUGCUACUCAUGAGAAGUCUGGACUUCAAGAGCUACUUGAAGAUCCUCAAGAUCCAGGUUUUACGGCCAACUCACCUUCGGCUUGCGCUGUCUCUCAUGCAACAGCUCUGGGACCCAGGAGAGUCAUCAGGCUGGCUGAGCCACAACGAGUCCUUUGCUGGGAAACGCUUCCUAAUUCAGGCCGCAGAGGGCGAUGCGCAGGUUUCAAUCAUCGGAGCUGACAUCCUCGCACGUGCGCUGGGAGCUGUUAGAUUCCCGUCUCCCCAUCACAAAUACGGCAUAUCGGAGAUUGCACCAGCAGAGGAUGGAUACCUCACGGGCGGCAGUGCUCGGGCCCUCUUCACCGAGUUUUACUUUGAUGGAGUGAAGCCGCAGCCGCAGCUAAAUCUGCCGGCAGCGGAGGAGACGGACCCACAUGAGCUUCCUCGUCGAGACGGCAGAGGACUCAGACAGGUCGCGGCUUUCCUUGAAACGGGUAGGUUCUUGCAGACAUGUAGUGCCGACGGCUGCGUUGGACCCUUUCAGCCGAUGUCGGCACUGUGA